AAGUUUCCCAAACCUACUCUUCAAGGGAAACCGAAAACCGUGCCUAUUGCAGCUCUCUCCUUUCACCCUUGAACCUGUUCUCCCCUCGCCUUGCCGAGCUAUUCGCCUAUCGUUCCAAGAAUAAAAACCCUAAACCCUAAUCACCAAUUCUCCCACCACCAGCAAAAGAAAGAAUCCUCGAUGGGACCUACAUCGGCGAAGAAUAAUCGCUGGUUGGAGGCGAGCAGUAGAAAGAAGCGCCUCCGAUCGGCGACUCUCCUCCUUUCUUCCCCCAGUCCUCCCUCCGCGAAAACCCCAGCCAUUGCCGCAAAUAAUUCCUCCCAAACCCUCAAUCCAGAGGUCUUCGAUGUCGCAGAGGCCGACGUCGACGCCGAGUACAAGCUCUUCUUGGAGCACCUCAGAGUCGACGGCAAAUCGUACGUCUUCGAGAUGGUGAUCGGCGGCGGCUCCGGGCCGCCAUUGCGUCUGAAAUACGAAGAGGACGACGAUGACAGCGAGGUCAUCCAGUCCCGCUCCCCGGGCAGCCGAGGCAGCGUCUCCAGCGCCGCGAGAUCCUUUGCUGGCAGGAAGAGGCUCAAGGGACAGAAUUCGAAGCUGAAGUUGAGCGAAGUCUUCGCCCCUUGUUCUCUCGUUGCCGCCGAAUGGGAAGAUGGGUCGAUGGUUGAUGAGAAUUACCAGAAAUUCCUGAGCCACGUCAGGGUGUACAAUGGCUCGAUGAUUCUUGAAUUGGACAACAAUGUGGUUGUGAGGUAUGAAGAAGAAGUAGACGAAGAAGAAGCUGGGGAAGAACGAGUAGAACAAUUGCUGCCUGCAACCGAAGAUUUGGGAAAGAGCAACGUGGUUUCCGUUUCAAUGGAGUUGCAGCCAUAUGAUGCUUCUCUCCAGCUUUCUGAUACUUGUGCAACUGAAGAAGGUUGCUGUUCUGUGGAGACUGUCAGUUGUGGAAUACCAGCUUCGUUUGAAAUCAGGCUUAUGAGUAUUCUCCAGCAGCCUUUCGAUCAGAAAGAAUAUGAUAAGCUGAUGGAGAUGGCAACUGUGCGUACGCCAAAGAUGAGAUCGAAGGAAUUGCGUAACGAGACCAAAAUUUAUCCUACAAAGGAACUAGGCUUGUCAUAUCUUGAGUAUUUCCCUGAGCUUGCGAGGCGGAUGGAAAACAAAGAUUGUCAUGAGCGGUUGGAUCUCUUGCGUGGGUUCUUCUUCUGGUUACAGAAUGUUGGACAUGAUGGAGCAUACAUGCCAUGGUUGAAAGUCAAGGAGAAAAUGCCCCCACUGCAAAUUGAAAUGUCUGAAAAAUGAUUUGGAAAUCCUCUUCAUUAUCUUGCUCUGUAAAUAUUUGAGGUGCAUAGUAAAGCAUCUACUGUACACAUGAGUCUUUGAUUCAUGAAUGUAAUGCUCAAUCUGCAAUCUUGUGGCACAUCAUGGUUGCUAAAGUUCAUAACUGCAUGGUACACACUUAGAUUAUAUCAGAACCAACCUAAACUAUUUAGUUGUUUGCCUGUUA